AUGUGGAAAGAACCAAACAAAGGGGCAAAUAGUAAAGAUAAAGGCCCUCCCGAAGUCCAUUCAACUGCUAAAGAUCGUCUCUUCUUUGAGUACUUAAAAGAACUCGUUUCAACCCCAGAAGAAGAGAUAAGCAUUAAAAUAGUCGAAGCCAAGCAAAAAUACCCAGAUCUCGACUGGAAAGAACCUCUUCUCCAACUAGAUAAGCCCGAUUUACUUAUCAAAUCAAAGUCCGAAGCCAAAAACUACUUAACUCUCUGGCACAGCACCAACUCCCCAGAACUCUACCCCUUCAAGCGUAUGCUCAAGCUCUGGCAGAACCCCAAGACUCAAGCCUACACCCUCCAGUACUUACUUGCCCUCCCACCCGACCUCACUCUUCUCUACAAAGGAGAUACAACUCCUCUCAUUGACCGGACUAAGGAAAGUUACGAGUACAACCCAGAACUUAAAGAAAUGGCCGAAUCUAACUACAAUUGUGAAGAAGUCUAUGCUUUAGCUGCGGAAAUGGAAGUAGAGGAAGGAGCUCUCCUACUUAGUGUUGGUAUUUUAAGUAUUCCUGAACUAAUCUGUACCGGUCUAAUUAGGUACCAUAGUAAGUACGAGAAGAUCUUUAAUGACUUAUUUUGUAGUUGUGUCUAUCCUUCUGAUAAGGGCCGAGUGGCUCUAAGGAAGAUCUUUGAAAAACGGCCUAAAAUCACUUUAACUAUGAUGGGACGUAUGUAUGCCUCUUCUUUUACUUUAGAGGAAUGUUUAGCUGCUUGUGUUGAUUGUAAGUUAUUGCCUUAUAUUAUCAAGGAGUUAGAUCCUUUGGACUUUUCUUUAGAUUUGAUUUUACUAGCUAUUACGGCCGAGAUCAUUGAUAUAAGUGCUAUUUUAGGCAUGCAAUCUAAUGAGGAGUUUAUUAAUGCUUUAUUACAACAUAUGAUUUUAAGGUAUGGCAAAGGGUGUGCUAAAGGUGUUAAUAUUUAUCCCUUAACAGUUGAUACAAUUAUUGCUACCUGUAUGUCUUUAGAAGUAAUUGCUAAGAUUCUUUCCAAAACAACGAUCAGUUUAGUCGGUAAGUUAAAAAGCUUGUUAAUUCCAGAGAUAAGAGGAUGUUUAGUUAAAAGAACAACUUUAAAACAACUAGCUAAUGAGUUCUUACACAAUAUAAUUACGGGACGAACUACUAAUUCUGAUGCUAUUGUUUAUAUGACCCAAAUAUCUACUAAUAAGAACUCUUACGAUGUAGAGAUCUUUGAACAUAUUCUGAACGAAAUGGAGUUAAAGUACGCUUUGAUCGAUCGGUUGCCACACCAUGAAGUUAUGUCAAUGGCCUUGUUCUACGGACGAAUGGUCAAGUAUGAAAUCUUACCGCAACCCCGGAUUAAAGCAGUUAUGGCCCUAAUUACAGUCUUCCUGAAAGAAGAACCGUGCACGAACAAGUUCAAGUUCGGCUUAAAGAUGCUAGAAACCUUCUGUGACAUCCUUGAGAAGUACCCUUUCUACUGCCAGGAGUUCUCACGUAUGCCCCAGGUUUAUGCAGCUAAUAAGUCACUCUAUACGUACAUUAGGGGUCAUUUGGCCAUCCAGAGUAUUUCCUCUAAGGAAGAGCCAGAAGAUGGCACAGUCUUCUUUACUGAACUAGUUAGUGCGGUAGUAGGUCAUAUUGAAGUACAUCCGGGUUGGUCUAAACAGUUUAAUAUGCUGACACCUUCGAGUUUACAGACGGUUAUUGAAGGAAUGCAACGGGAAUCAGGUAGUAAGUCAGAAGAGGUUCUAGCUAAAUACUUAGUGGCUAAACGACUAUUGAAGGAGACAAAUCACUUAAGACUUUAUGUUGAGUUUGUCUUGGGGUAUUCCAAGACUUUAUUCUUAGUAGUACGAUCGGUCUUAUUUAGGAUCUUAAGGGAGUUUUUAGAGCGGCAUAAGGAGAUAGAGAGAACCGAUCGCUUAUCUUCUUUAAGAACAAUUGGGACCUAUUUAGGAAUGUUUACUUUUGCUGAUAAGGCACCGAUAAGACGGUCGGAAUUUAGUGUAACUGAGUAUUUGAUAGAAAGUAUUGGGAAGGAGUGUAUCUAUUCAGCGGUUGUUUUUGUUUGUAAGUUUAUUGAGGAAUGUACUGCUAGUAAGAUUUUUGGGAGUACUAGUCCUUAUGUACGUAGUAUUCUACGGAUUCUUUCUGAGAUACACUUUUUAACGGAAGGUAGUGAUCUUAUCUCUUUAGAGAUAGAGAUAUGUUUUUCAAAAAUAGAUGUGCAUAUUGAAGAUAUCUUACCGGAUACGGCUAUUCAAGAAAGAAGGCUGGGAAGUAAGCGAAAAGUAACUGGACUGGCUAAGUAUAUUGAACUGGAUGGUAUUCGUAAUAUUUUAGCGCAUAUUUCGAUUAUGGCUAUUGAUUUUGCGAUUAGAGAUAUUACUUAUUCGAUUGUUGAUAAGGUUUUUCAUAUCAGUACUCGGGCGGCCAUGGAAAUUGUUAAACGUGAUUUUCCCAAUCAGCAAGAUAAGGCCGUAUCUAUGUUUAAAAAUAUGUCUACUUCCUUAGCUGUCCAGUUAGCUUGUGCUUCAGCUGCAGAUCCUAUCUUCUCAGGUGUAGUUAACAACAUUAUGCACUUUAUGAAACUAGCCGGUAUGAAUGACUCUAUCUCUUCUGAUAAGGUAUCUUCUCUAGUUAAGAAGAACUUAUCUAUCUGUUUGGGUGUUGUUGAGCAUAUAACUCGUACUAGAAUUACGCAGGGCUUACCAGCUAUGGUUGAAGAACUCCUGGAAGAACUUACUUCCUUACCUACUCCAUCUACUCCUCCUACUCCUCCUACUCCAGCCAGUCCAAUUGAUCACUACCGUAUCUCACUCUACGAGAAGAAGGAGUACACUAAACCCAGCUACAUUAUUGCCGAUGAAAUUCAACCAGUGACCGUUGGCGAGUACCAUGAAAUCUGUGCUUAUCUCUGUUCCAUUAACUAUAAGAGUCGUGAAUCAGGUGAUUCCGUUGGACCAUUUACCGGAUCUUCUGCCCAGAAGAAAUGGGAAGAUACCCAACGUAUUCUUCAUGAGAUAGAAAAAGCCGGAGAUGAAAAUGUCCGCCCGGCCUUAGCCAUUGAGUUAUUAGAAAGUAUUCAUGUUAUUCUUAGUUUUGUCCAUUCAGGGGCCCAUGAUAUGGUUUGUUUGUUCUUUUGUCAGAACAUUAUCGGUAGUAUCUUUAUGUUAACUAAUACUUGGUCGCGUAAUGAGUGCAUCAAAGCCGUUUAUCGCAUUUGUAAGACUUCUUACAACUCACAGCAGGAAGUUUCAUCCUGGCUGAUCUAUGCAGAAGACGAGCGUAAGUUUAAUGCUGAAGUUAUUGCCCAGAUGUUAGACCGGGGUAUUAUGAACGAAGUAGAGUACGAUAUGCACUUAGGCAGUACUUUACUGAAGAAUCCCCAACGGAUUAAGUUUGCAGCUGAACUACUUAGACGGUGUAUUCUAACUGAUAUUCCUAUUUGUACGCCUUUUGAUUUUGUUUGUACGAUUGAAGCCUUAUCUAAAUGUUCUAAGAGUGGAACUGAUGAGCGAAUCAAAAGUUUACUUAAAGAUAUUGCCCGACGGAUCUUCUUAACGCGUAAGGAAGAGAAAGAUAGAGAUCUUUUUGAGUCUUGGGUUGAUUUACUCUUCUGUCGUGUGGCCGGGAAGGAGAAAGAAGCCCAAAUGGCGGCCGCAUUAAGUCAGAUAGAAGAACGAGCUAAAUCACCAGAAGUCUUUAAGAACUUCUUGAAAGCUUCCUUCUCGGCUAGUGUGGAGUACUAUUUGCGGCUACGUAAGGAGUGUUCGCCCAUUAAGUACAUGAAGAUAGAAGCUUUAGGGGUUUUAGUUCAUUUACUGAGCAAGAAGAACUCUUUACUGGUGAAGUCUUUAGAGAUCUUAACGGAAAUCUUUAUUAAUGGAUUGGAGAUAGAGUACUAUCAAAUUCAAAAACUAUUUACACGGUUAUUGCAGGUUGUUUUAGAAGGACUAUCUAGUGAGCAUGAGGAGACAGUCUUCCUUUUCUUGAAGAAAGUCCGACCGACUGUAUUGGGUCUUUUCUUUGGGGGGUACAUUGAGCUGCUUUUCUCAGAGUAUAUCAUGCGGAAUAUGUUCUUGCGGAAUAUGGCCCGUGGUCUUAGUAUUUUGGUUUGGGUUUAUGAGGCAUUGCGACAGAUGCCUUAUUCUCCGGAGUUAGAUACGGCUGUGUAUGCAUGUACGGUCUUUGUUUUACAACUUAAACGGUUCUGCCCGGGAUUUUAUCUGCAUUAUUCUUAUCUAUUUUUAACGGUAGUGCCUAUUGGUCCGGCUACAGUUUUACUGCGGAGUGCAUGGUCGUUAGAUCAUCAUCCGGGGGUUUUAGAAGUACUGCAUCAGAACCGGGACCGGAUUUGUAAUACGGAGUACUAUAAGUUGCUUUGCCAGAUUCAUGAGCCAAAGACUCAAGCUGAACUUCCCUUACUGACUGCCCAGAAUGAAGAACUUCUAUCCCACGUUCUAGUUGAUGCCUUAACUAAUCAAAAAGAAGAGUCUCUUCCCCAUCAAGAAGUUAUUAUCAGUAUGUUCUCAUCGGCUCAAACUCCGAUCUCUUUCAAAGAGAACAUUCUUGCGCGGCUCCUGGAGAAGAGUUGUGCUUUAGCCCCACGCCCGACGUACAUCAAGAAAACUCUGGAUGCGCUGUUAAACAAUCAAGCCUGUGUUGAAUCACUUAAUGAAAUCGUUAGAAAGGACAAGAACACACUAGGUAAACUAAUUAUUCAUGCCUCAAACAUCUUUGCCUCUGAACCGGCCAGAUAA